AUGGCUGAGAAGGCAAUCAAACAGUACGAGCAUGACUAUUUCCUCGAGGGCAGCGAGGAGUCAAGCCGGCUGUCAAAUCAACAUGAGAUCAUCAAGGAUGCUAUGGGCCGCCUUGUGCUGGCACCUAUCAAUCUCACAGUGGCUCCAUUAAAGAUUCUGGAUUCUGGGACUGCUGACGGCACAUGGAUUCGGGAUUUAGCAGCCUCGACCGCACCUGUCCGCCAUGAGUUCCACGGAACCGACAUCAACCCAGCAGAGUUCCCUACCGAGGUGCCUGAUGGCACAACGUACCGAGCUCAGGAUAUCAACCAGCCAUGGCCCGAGGAUUGGAAAGAGCUGUUUGAUCUUGUGCACCAACGGCUGGUCUUGGUCGGCAGUGGAUCGAAGCAGAACGAAGCUUUUCAAUCCCUCGCUCGCCUUGUCAAACCUGGCGGUUGGAUUCAGCUUAUUGAAGCUGCAAACUGCCACCCGACCGCUGGUUGCGGACCGAAGAUGCAUGCCUUCAUUGACUUGACGAUCUCCGUAUUUCAAGAGAUGGGAGCUGACCUCAAAGUGGGCGAAAACCUGCCGCUAUGGCUUCAAAAGGCUGGUUUCACCGAUAUUGAACACCUUGAUCUCGAGAUGAAGAUGGGUGCUCAGAACCCCGACAAGGAGCUUGCUCGUAGGGGAGUUUUCUCAAUGAGCAUUGCCACCCGCGGUUUGACCCAAUUCGCGAAGACUUUCCCUCCUGGAAAAUGCAGUCUCUCUGCAGAGCAGCUUGACUCUCUUCCUGAGUAA